AUGAACAGUGGGGUAGACUAUGCUGGCCCCAUCAAUGUUCGCACCUCCAAAGGACGAGGUCACCAUUCCCACAAAGCCUGGAUUUGUAUUUUCGUCUGUUGUGCCUCCCGCUCAGUUCAUCUCGAGUUGGUUUCGGAUUACACAGCAGAAGCCUUGAUAGCUGCUUAUAUUCGCUUUAUUUCUCGUCGUGGUCUUUGUCGAACGUUGUCUAGUGACGAGGGUACGAAUUUUGUGGGAGCAGAUUGUCAACUACAGAAAAUGUUUUCUGAGGCAUCAGCCGAGUUUGCUUCGGUCGCUACAUACCUUGCUUCGCAUGGUACCCAGUGGAAAUUCAACCCUCCUGCAACACCUCACUUCGGAGGUUUAUGGGAAGCUGCAGUUAAGUCGACAAAAUUCCAUCUUCGUCAAGUCAUUGGAGACUCUACAUUGACGUUUGAAGAAAUGACCACUCUUCUAACACAAAUUGAGGCUUGCCUUAAUUCUCGGCCUCUCAGAGCUCAGUCAGAUGAUCCAACAGACAUUUCUGCCCUCACACCAGGACAUUUUCUCAUUGGAGGUCCACUGAAUGCAGUUCCUGAACCAUCGCUUGCAGACGUUCUUCCAAAUCGAUUAACUCGCUGGGAGUUGAUCCAGCAAAUGCGUGAUCAUUUUUGGAAGCGCUGGUCAGCUGAGUAUUGGAAAGAACUUCAACCUCGAUCUAAGUGGACUACUUCAUCGCCAUCCAUACAGAUUGGAGAUUUAGUUCUCAUUCGACAUGAGAACCUUCCACCUACUCAAUGGACUAUGGGUCGGGUUCUACAGCUUCAUCCUGGCAAGGAUGGCCUAGUUCGGGUUGUCACUCUCAAGACAAAGACUAACACACUCGAUCGGCCAAUCGUUAAAUUGUGCCUUCUCCCACGUUCAUCUUAA